GUUCCCUCUGCGUCUUUACCUCCAUCAGUUCCCUCUCGGUCUCUGCUGUUGUAGGAAGGAUGCUUCCCUGCAGACUCCUGCUGCUGCUGCUGCUGCUGGGUCUCCUCCUGCUCUGCAAAGGUGAGGAGGAGAGUGGGGGGGGCGAGUCCUGCGAUAACUUCACAGACCUGAACCUGUCGCACUGCUUCAUGGGAACUAUCCUGUACGUGCGCCUGCUGCUCUACACCCGCUCCAACCUGGACUGCGGCCGCGAGCUCGACCACCACCACCUCUCCUCCCAGCCGCUCUUCAACGUAUCCCGCCCCACCGCCUUCGUCAUCCACGGCUACAGGCCCACCGGAGCCCCCCCCAUCUGGAUCGACCACCUGGUGCACCUGCUGGCGGAGCAGGAGGACAUGAACGUCAUCGUGGUGGACUGGAACAAAGGAGCGGCGAACCUCAACUACUUCACCGCCGUCACCUACACUCGGGACGCAGCGCACAACCUGACAGGCUUCAUCAAGACCAUGCAGGAGGAAGGAGCGUCUCUGAGCUCUGUCCACCUGAUUGGCGUCAGUCUGGGAGCUCACCUGGCUGGAUUUGUAGGAGCAAACCUAAAUGGGAAGAUCGGACGAAUCACAGGUCUGGACCCGGCCGGUCCGAUGUUCACCAGCGCCAUACCAGAAGACAGACUGGACCCGAAGGACGCCAUGUUCGUGGACGUACUUCACACCGACAUGGACUCAUUUGGACUGAGAGGAGCUCACGGUCAUAUCGACUUCUACGCCAACGGUGGAGCAGACCAGCCAGGGUGUCCCAAAACCAUCUUCGCAGGUAAAGAGUACUUUGUGUGUGACCACCAGCGCUCGGUGUUCCUCUUCCUGUGCGCUCUGAAUCGGACAUGCAGCCUCACCGGUUACCCCUGCUCGUCCUACAGCGACUUCCUGGAGGGCCGCUGUCUGCAGUGUGAGGCCUUCAAACCCGCACCCUGCCCCGUGCUCGGGUAUGAUAUGAGUCAGUGGAGAGACACGCUGCUGAAGCUGGGGCAGACCAGAGCCUUCUUCAGCACCACCAGCACGCUGCCCUACAGGAAGAUGAGCUACAGAGUGGACAUGGUGACCUGGAACCAGUACCUCCGCUGGGGUGUCGUCUACAUCCGUCUGCACAACGGCAGAAACUUCACGGAGGCCCGGAUGGAUCAUAAGCCACUCAGGUUCGAGCAGUACACGUCCACGCGGCUGCUGGCACAGUUCGAUGAGGAUCUGCAGCAGGUGCAGAAGAUCUCCAUGAGAAUCAACACCGGGAACGUCAUCGGGCCCCGGUACAAAAUCAGACUUCUGCGGAUACGCUUCACACCGCUGGAGUGCCCUGAGAGGCCUGUAAUGUGCCGUUUCGACAUCAUCCUGGAGGAGAACAUGGAGGUGGCUUUCAGACCGUUGCCCUGCACCUCCGGCCUCUGAGUCCCCAGACCACACACACUUUUUCUUCUUCUUCUAUGGAAACAUAUUUAACUCACCCACCAGACGUCCUCCUGGUACUACGGGGUCUUUGGCCCCCAGGAGGACCUCCAGGGUUCCCACAGGAGGAGCUGCAGCCUCCUCACUUGGUAAUGAAGAGGAGCUGAGGAAAACCCAUGAAGCCUGCCUGUCUCUGCUGCUUCUGCUGAGGGGAUUUUGGAAAGCUGACACAAGUAUUAAUCUCAGAGGUUAGGAAACACAAAUAAUAUUUGUUUAGGUCAUCAGAAACACUUAUUGUUCCUUUACAGGUAAAGAACAUACUCCUUUUUCUGUGGAAAUAAUAAACUGUUUAAAAGCAAAGUUAAAUAAGUUAGUGAAAUUGUAUUUGAAGCUAUAAGGUUCAUCGAUGUCAACAACUGUAUUUGUUUACUUGAAAAUGACACAACAUGAAAAUGUAUUAAUAGGGGUUCCUACUUUUGAUUUACUAAGACAGGAAACACAGUGAUUUAUAAAAAUGUAUUUCACACUUUUGCUCAGUUUCACUGCAGUUACAAGGAGAAAUAAAUGCAGCUUUUUUUCUGUGUGCCUUCUAACCACAGCAAACAACUUCCAUGAAUCAAUCAAUGCAAACUAUGUGCUGUGCUUUAUCAGUGACGCUGCUAUGUCUGUCCACAGCUAAAUGUAGAUGUGUAUUAAAGUGUAAAGUUGUAAACUGUGAGGUUUGAAAGGUAGCUAAGAGGUGUUUGUGAAUAUGGGCGACUUUAAGCUGUUAAAACUGCUUUAGAGACUCAAAGGUCAGUAAAUGUUUCAGCCUAUACAAAGACAGAUAACUCGUGAAAAAGUGCUGUAAACCUUAACUGUUGUCUUUUCUAUUAUGUCUUUUCACCAAGGUUUGAAAUAAAUAAUACAUUUGACAAAAAACAUUUAACUGUUGUUGA